UUUGGCAUGGCUCCGUCGAACGUGGUCGCCCCGCUGGGGUUGCUGGAUGCGACGCCUUCGGUGGCGGCGAUGCAUCAACACCCUUCCGCGAGCAUGAAUCCGCUGCACAUUCCAGCCAUGCCACCUUCAGUGUGUGGACUCUCGCCAACGUCGUGGCUGCGAAAGAUGUGCAUUCACGCGUUCUUUUCUGAACCUUUCCACGUGCUAAUGUAUUUGCUCAUUGUUGGAAAUGCCAUCUUGCUCGGCUUUGAAGAGCCCGAACGCACGAGGAAUCCGAUUUUGGACCCAUCCAACCUGGAAACCCCCCAGGAGGCGCGCACUCGCGAGAUUGUGAAUUGGCUGGAAAUGGCAUUCAAUAUUGCGUUUACGGCAGAAAUGAGCAUCAAAAUGCUCGCGGGGGGACUGUGGCGCGGUCGGUUUGGGUACUUUCGACACAAGUGGAACUACCUCGACUUUGGCUUGGUGCUUCUGGGUUGGGUAUCGGUCGUGCUGUGGCUCACACUUCCCGUGGACACAGCAUACACCCCGCUCCCCCCUAUGCCGACCACCCCCCCCACGGAUUUCCCUUCGCCCUUCCCCGCAGACACCUUUUCUCCAGAAACUUUCUCUCCAGAUGCCUUCCCCCCCGACGCUUUGACUCCACUCACCUUUGCCCCUGACACUUUUCCCCCAGAAUCGACAGACAUUCUGUUUCCGACGGUUGAACCCGUGGUAGCCCCAUUCACACCAGUGAGUGACGAUGCGACCCCCCAACCGUCAACGACAGUCCAAAAUGACCCCCCAUUCACCCCCCCAACAACCACGGCGUCUGUAACUGACGGGGAGUCCAUUGGAGACAACGCCCCCAACACAAUGGAUCCCCCCAAUCGUCGACGCGUCUCUGAAAUGGACGACACGUCCUUUCCCAGAAACAACGACGAAGCAACCCUAGAUCCGACACUUCUAGACUGGCAAGGUUCGACCAACAGUCCACCAGACAAUCCCGACGCUUUCCCAGCCGACAGCCCCGACGCCACGUUUCCAGAAUUUCCAACCGAGCCGACGCGACUGCCCGACGUGGCCACGCUCAGCCCUGACACGGACGCGACGCCGUCGUACCUGACAGCCGACUUUACGGCUCCAGCCAUGGCCAAGAACCUGGCAUCGCUCUUCCGACUUCUUCGCGUGUUCAAGGUCCUCCGCGGCAUCCGGUUGUCCAAGCAUGCGCAAGCGCUGGUGCUGAGUCUGUUCGAGUCGAUGCGACUGCUCGUGAACGUGAUCGAGUUGCUGCUGGUGCUUUUCGUCCUGUUUGCCAUCGCGGGGGUGUCGCUGUUCCAAGGCGCGCUGCACCAGCAAUGCGACAACGAGUACGUGACAGACGGGUACUUGAACGUCGACACGAACGGUUUUCUCGUCAGCGGCAACGGAUUCCGGUGCUCCACGAAUCCGGACGUGGGCCGCGCGUGCAUGGCGGACGGCGUGUGUGUGCUCAACCUGACCGACGACCGCCUCAACAAGAACCCCAACUUUGGGUUCACAUCGUUCGACAACGUUGGGCUGGGGCUGCUCAGCGUGAUUGAGAUCGCGUCCUUGUCUGAUUGGGGGUCUACCAUGUGGAACCUCGCCGAAGCGCGGGGGCUCGUGGUGGGGCUCUACUUUUUGGUUGUGAUUCCAGUGGGCGGGUACUUUGUCGUCAACUUGGUCAUAGCGGUCGUGCACAAUGCAUACACAAGAAAGUGGAAAGACAUUCGCGACGAGUUUGUGUCUGCCAAGUUGGAGCGCAAACAAAAACGGUUGCAGGCCCAGAAACGCAAGCGGCGGCCGUCCAUCAUCGACAUGGUUGUGGUCAAGCCGCUACCAGCGACGAAGCUGUCGCACUUGGAACUCAAGACCCUCGCCACGCGGUUCAGUUCAGUCGACGGGCGCGUCAAGUACAAGAACUUUAUCGAGUUUUUUUCGCCGUCCAGUGGCGUGUCCCACACAGUGCAAAGCCUGCGCGAGUUUUUGCAGUCGGCCAAGGCGGCGGGGCUGCAUUCGCGGUCGAUUUUUCGGUUCAUUGACAAAGACAACAGCGGCGACUUGAGCCGCGACGAGCUAGUGUUUGGGUUUCAGGAAAUUGAAGAACGAGUGGGCGUCAAGCUCGACAACGCGAUCGUCCAAGCCCUGCACGAUUAUUUAGACGUGAACAACGACGGCAAGGUGACGUUGACGGAAUUCAUCGAGUUUGCCGACCCGCCGUCGAAAGCGUCGACGUUAUUGGAGCAAAAAGUGCUGAUUGAAUUAUCUGGCUACGAGCAUGCCGAAGGUCGCGUUGCGGCCAUCUUUCACGAGUUUGACCCCAACGACACGGGCACAAUUUCCAUGAGUCAAUUCCGAUCAGCAUUGGCGCGCAUUGGGUUUUCUGGGAGCGGCAUCAAGUACCUGUCCCGAGAUGACACUCUUCGUCUGAGCAUGCGGUCGCUCGACUCGUUCCAGUCGACGGCGCCCCUAGCGCUCUUUUACAUCACCUGGCGACGCCGCCUCGCGAGAUGCAUCGUCCACCCGAUGUUUACUGCCGUCGUGAACGCCGCCCUCGUCAUCCAGCUCGUGUGUUUUAACCUCAAGUCGUUCGAUCCAGUGGAGAUUGCCGCCAACGCGGCCCUCGAAGCCCACCUUGUCACAGCGCAAGACGUCGUCGCAUACACCCUGGGCAUGGAAAUGAUGGUCAAGCUCACGGCGUUGGGGGGGCGGGGGUACCUCGUGGACAAGUACAACCGGUUCGACGGGGUCUUGGCCAUUGUCGGGUUGGUUGAAGUCGCGUGUCGCCACGACGCCAGAGUUCCCGUCGGGAUGAUCAACAUCAUGUUUACCUGCCGCGUGCUUCGCCUCUUGCACUUAUUUCGGCAGUGGCCCAACUUUCGUGUCCUCUUGGAAACCAUGCUCGCGAGUUUCCGGGGCUUGCUGCACUUUGUGUUUUUGCUGUGUGUGGCCAUGUACAUCUUUGCGCUCAUCGGCAAGCACUUGUUUGGAAGCCAAAUGACCGACGACCACGGGUUCCCCACGCCAUUCUACGCGACGUUCGACACGGUGUGGACGGCGCUGCUGACGGUGUUCCAAGUGUUUUCAGGGGAUGCAUGGACCGACGUCCUGUACGCGUGCAUGCGCGUCCAUGCCGCCACGGGCGCCGUCUACGUCGUGCUCAUGUUCUUCACAGGCAACUACCUCGUCGUGAACAUCUUUUUGUCUAUUUUGCUCCAAGAUUUCGAAAGCGACGAGAACGAACACCACCGGUCGUACUUUAGCACGAUCGCCGAUGCUGACAUUGCCCACUAUUACGAUGCUGUGGUGCACUGGGUGACCGAUUUCCUUGAUCGGUAUGCGCCGUCGUCUGCCAACCGCAUUUCGUCUCCCAGACAACAGACCAAGCGCCGGCUGCGCCUCAAAGUGCAGCCCAUGUUUUCCAAACUGUCGUCGUCCAUGGAACCGUCGCCGUCCACCCACUUGGACGAGCUGAAUCGCCUCCACGAGAUCGCCGACAUCGUUCUGUUCAAGCUGGACACGCACACGAUCGAGGCGGGACCGCGGCAGUACUUCGAGUGCUUCCACGGGUACGAAGCGAUUCGGUUUCUGAUGGCGUCGGGGUUUUGUGGUACGGUGGCCGAGGCCGAAGCGUUGGGCAACCGGCUCAUCGAGUUGGAGCGGUUCAAGUGCGAAGCGUCGUCGAUCGGGCGGCAGGCAGACUUCGACCUCCAAGCCUUGUUCCACGCCACGGAUCCAAGAAACCUUCCCAAUUCCAAUGAGGGGGACGAAGACGAGGCAGAGGAUGCGGUGUUGGGCAUCCUGGACGACGUGGUGGCCGCGGUUACCACGUCACAGGGCGUCCGGUUCGGUCCGUCCGGGCCAUUUGGCAACCACACAGGCGUAUUCUCCGUGCACUCGAGUCCGUGGCGCGACAACAUUCACGCGGCGUUGGAAGACGCCAAGGAAGCGCACCGCCGACGAGACGACGUGGCUGCCAGCGCCUGCGAUGCCAAGAGCCUAAAGUUCAUGGUUGGCAAGUCGCUGUUUGUGUUUGGUCCGCGGUCGGGACUUCGACGGGUAGCCAAGCGAGUGCUCAUGCACCCGUGGUUCAAGUACGUUGUCCUCGUGGUGGUGCUCACGUCGUGCGUGAUGUCCGCCCUCGAGAUCUCCGACACGGCGCACGCGUCGCUGUAUCUUUGGGCGGACGUGGUGGUCACGAGCUUGUUCUUUGUGGAGAUGGCGCUGAAAAUCGUAGCCCAGGGGUUCAUCUUCACCGGGCGCUAUGCGUACAUGCGCAAUGGGUGGAACCUACUGGACUUUGUCGUUGCUGUCACGUCGGUGUUAGCGGUCGUGUUUACAUUUGUCCUGAUGCACACAACCCCCCCGUGUGACGUGGCAGUGGACAACACGUGUCCAGCGUCUGUGGAUGUGAAAAGCGACCGCGUGGUGAAAAUCUUCCGGCUGUUCCGGGCACUGCGGCCGCUCCGCGCCAUCCAUUUAAACCCGGGCAUGAAGGUGGUCGUGAAGGCCAUUUUGAUUACCAUUCCGUGUGUGCUCAACCUCGUGGUGAUCCUCACCAUUUUUCUAUUCAUGUUUGCCGUCGUGACGGUGCACCUCUUGGCAGGAAAGCUGUGGUACUGCCAAGGCAACGCCGAAGACAAAUACACGCUCAAUGCGACAGCGUGUGUAUCGGACAGCGUCACAACUCGCAUUUGGGGACCGCUGACCACGAGCUUUGACAAUAUCCCCAAUGCGACACUGCAACUCAUGGAAAUCUCCACCGUCCAGGGCUGGUCCAGCGUCAUGCACAUGGCCAUGGACGCGCCAAGCGUCGGCUUUGCCUCCCUCCACCCGAUUCGCAACAACACGCCCGAGAUGGCGCUAGUGUUUGUGUCAUUCGUGGUUAUCUGCGGGUUCUUCAUGAUGGGGCUGUUUCUUGGGGUGAUUGUGUACAAGUUCCAGCAGCUCAAAGCUGAACAAAACGGCACCCUGUUCAUCACAGAAGACCAGCAGAAAUGGGUGGCGACCCAACGGCGGCUGUUUGCCCUGAAACCCAAGCCGGCUCCGUCCAACAAGCAACUCCAAGGCGUUCGAAAGCGCGUGUUCAACGUCGUGGUCCACCCGAUCUUUCAAGGCAGCAAGCGCGUGCUGAUUUUGGCCAGCGUAAUCGUGCUGGCCAUGGAUCACUACCCGUCCACUCCCCGUUUUGACUCUGCGUACACGCAAGUUCUGUGGUUUUUCACCGGCGUCAACGUCGCGGAAGCCGCCCUCGUGCUGUAUGCCCACGGCUUGAAGACGUACGUGAGGCAGAACUGGGUGGACGCCAUCGCGGUGGUGGUGAGUGUCAUGGAUUCAUUUCCCCAUCUCCGCGUCCUGCGCAUCCUUCGGCUUGUGCGUGUGUACCACCUCGUCAGUAAUUCGAACUCGAUGGUGUCGAUUUUGAAGACAUUGACCAUGUCGCUCCCAGCGCUUCUGAACGUGGCGUCGCUGCUCCUAUUGUUUGCGUUUGUGUAUGCGAUCCUGGGCAUGAACUUGUUCUAUGACCCGGAUAACCCUCUCUAUGGCGAGUGCAUACGCGAUGUUGUCAACUUUGACUCGCUCACGAGCACCAUGAUGGUGCUGUUUGUGGUCGUCACGGGGGACAACUGGACGUGCUACAUGCAUGAUGUGUUGCCCCAAUACCCCAUCGUGGGGCGGUGGUACUUUACGUCGUUCUUGAUCGUGGGCAAUUAUAUCAUUUUAAACUUACUCAUUGCCGUGAUCAUGGAGAACUUUGGCAAUUACAUGGAUGGCUUUGACGAAGGCGAGGGGCGGCCGGCUAACGCGCACUUGGACGCGUUCGCUGCCCAGUGGCAACAGCUCGCGCCAACGGGAUCGUUGUUCCUCCCGUCGUACAAAUUGGUCGCGUUGCUGCGAAAUGUGCCCCCGCCGCUGGGAUUUGUUGCGCCCCCAAAACACGACGUUCGUGUGCAACUCUAGCGUGUAUAUCGUGUAUGAAAUCUCAUGUAGGGCCAACCAGAAGCAACCAUGAAUCACCCCAAGUCGAGCCAAGACGUGAUCCGGUUCAUAAGAAGCCUCCACGCCCGGCGGAACCACGUGCACGACAUGUUUUACCUUGAUAUUUUCUACACCUUGUGCCACCACGCCAUGCCCAACAGCUUCACCGUGUUCGAAUCGGCCGAGGUGGAGGCCCACCUGCAAGCCAAACUCGCUGGGCGGGCGCUCCGCCACUUUCACGAGCUUCACAACAUCCACCUCGACACGGCGUACCACCGGUUCGACUUGACCGAAGAGUUCAACAGCGUCCGGGUGAUCCAGGAAGCGUGGAAGGCGUAUUUGAGCCGAAAAUACGCGUCGGCACCGCGCCGGCCGUCGGUCAAGCCCAACCGUCGGCAUUCAAGAGGCAUGAGUUUGCUCAAGCAGCUGACGCGGUCGCCUUGGUCCACACGGAAGCGACCGUCGGUUGGCGUGGCGGCGGCAGCUUCGUCGCCAUCCCCACUCCUCCAUAGUCCGACGCACGGUAGCCAAUGGCACCAGCAAGGUGUAUAGCUAUAAUGCAUUCAUUCAUAUACGCGGCAACGGUUACAAAUCUCUACUCUAACGUGUGCGACCGACCGCCAAGUCGACCGACUCAACUAGCCUGGCAGCACGCAACUACAUGCAGCAGCUGGGCGUGGAGUGACGGGCUUCCCGCGAACCGGUACGCCAUGCCGCGAACAGUUUGGUCUGUUUGCGCGGCGGCCCCGGGUCUGAGCGGCCUCGCGGUCGGACGAAGUCGGUCGUCAAGUCGUCGUCCGUGUCUGUGUCGUCCAAGAGCAGUGACGUGGAUGAGGCUAAUGUAGCUGCCGAGGCUGUCAAGUGGAUGGGGUUCUUCGAAGCUGCCCAGAGACGAAGGCGCGUCCAAUGCACGGACGCCAGCGACUUAAGGGGCUUGAACGACGUGCGCUGUUUCAUUUCUUUCGUGGACGACGGAGGUAACGGCGUGGGCACCCGUAGUAUGGUCAUGGCGAAGUGGCGAUGUUUGGGAAUGGAC